AUGAAGCUGGUGACGGUCCUCACGCUGCUGGCCCUCCCCCUUUACUGCUAUGCAGGUUCCGGCUGCCAACUUCUCGAGGAUGUGGUUGAAAAGACAAUUAAUCCUGAACUGUCCACGACUGAAUAUCUAGCAGCUCUUCAAGAGUUCAUAUCAGAUGAGGCCACUGCAAAGGCUGGAGAGGAAUUCAAGCAAUGUUUUCUCAACCAGUCAAAUGAAACUCUGACCAAUUUCAGAAAGAUGAUGGUUAUGACGCAGAAAAGAGAUUUAGAUAUCAUACAACCAUCACUUCGUGGCAAGAAUGUGAAGGAAACAAUCUCUGACCCCAAUGGCCUUUUCCAUGUCACAGGCCUCUCUCUGCAGCUCAAAGCUUGUAGCAAACAGUCUGAUCACGAUUAG